AUGUGCGGAGGUGGCCGCGAUGCUCACAAGUGUUUUGUUUCGCGGCUCCUGUUUUGUUUGCGAGCCUAUGUGUGCAGGCUUAUUACCGCCUCCCAGAUCCUUGACGCUUGUGAUGGCAGCGAAGCCGUCGUGGACAUCUUGCUCUUCUGGCAAAGCUGGUGUGAGCAUUUAGUGUCGGAGUGCAAGGUGAAGACAUGGCGCUGGAGUUCAUUUCAAGAGACGUUGCGGGAAGUUGCUGGCUCCAAGCACUUGCAUAGAAUGACGGAGCAGAGUCCAACACUGGGGGAUAUGAUCAUGGAAGGUAUUCUCUUGACGGAGCUUGUGGGGGCCAAGAAUGCAUUACCUCUGGAGCUCCUGCUGGACGUGUGUCGCCGUCUCCCUGAAGAGCGUCGGGGCGAGCUCAGAGGGGCUUUGCAAGAUCUUCUGUGGCACUGCCUCGCGGGCCGCGGUGGUGGUCUCUCACUGCUCAAUGCCGUGUCUGUCGCACAGGGCGAGACCUCUCUGCCGUGUGAACCUGGCUCUCAACUCUUCGACGCGCUGGCGGACCACAUCGUGAAAGAGCUUUCGGGCCCCGCAGCAGCUUCAGCUGUCAGCUUCUUCUGUCACUGCAGGCCAAGCCCAGAGUUGCAGGAGGCCGUGCUUAAGAAAGUGAAAGGAUGGCAAGCUUUAGAGUUGAAUGUGAUGUUGCGAUGA